CGGAAGCCGAGGUUUAGGCAGCGCAGCGGCCGCGAAGCGGCCGAGGGAAGGUUUAGUCGUGGGGGUGGGUGGUUGCUUGCUGAUUUCAGCCACGGGUCAUGUGACCGGAAGGGCUCCUGACGGACGCCGUCCCUCCUCCGCGAGGCCUGAGCGCCCGGCCCGACCCCGGCCAUGGGGUGCUGCUAUAGCAGCGAGAACGAGGACUCGGACCAGGACCGAGAGGAGCGGAAGCUGCUGCUGGACCCUAGCAGUCCCCCCACCAAAGUUGUCAAUGGAGCCGAGUCCAACAACUACAGCCUGCCUUCUGCUCGCACAGAUGAGCAGGCCCUGCUCUCCUCCAUUCUUGCCAAGACAGCCAGCAACAUCAUCGACGUGUCUGCUGCAGACUCCCAGGGCAUGGAGCAGCAUGAGUACAUGGACCGGGCAAGGCAGUAUAGCAACCGCUUGGCUGUGCUGAGCAGCAGCCUGACCCAUUGGAAGAAGCUGCCGCCACUGCCAUCUCUCACCAGCCAGCCCCACCAAGUUCUGGCCAGCGAGCCCAUCCCCUUCUCCGACUUGCAGCAGGUCUCCAGGAUAGCUGCUUAUGCCUACAGUGCACUUUCUCAGAUCCGUGUGGAUGCAAGAGAGGAGCUGGUUGUACAGUUUGGGAUCCCGUGAAGACAGGGAUCCUUGGAUGGCUGUUCUUCUCCUCUUCACCCUGUCUCGUCUCCACCCUGCCUCCCCUGGCCCCCAGCCUUGCUGCGGCUUAUACAGUACCCUAACCUGCUACUAAUCACAGAGAAGAUUGUGGAGGAGGAGGAGAGUGAGGCUAGAAGCCUUGGCAAGUGAGGAUGGAGCAAGGGAGGGUAGAACCAUUUGGGACUGGCCUUCAAAAGCCCUGGUCAGGGAUGGGGUGGGGAACAAAAGGACAGGGCCUGGUGGGUCUUCGCUGUCACUGGGAGGGGGUGGAGGUGACACUGAGGGUGAUCACUAGAGGGCCUGUGGGGGCCCCUUUCCUUGGCCUCACUCCUGUGCCCCUGUCCCUGGAUUGGUGCUCACAGGCACCUCACCAGGGUUGGUGACCAGCGUCUGGACAAGUUUGAAUUUGAAUGAGUUAAGUUUGUAUUUCUAACACCCUGGGUUUUUACAGUUCGGGGGUUUGGGGUUUUUUUGUUGUUUUUGUUUUGUUUAUUUUGGUUUGUUUCCCUUGAUAAAGGACGUUAUUCAUCUGUGUGCUGAUUUCAGCCCUUCUGUCCUGCCUACCACCCUACUGCUUGCUUCUGGCUACUCAAGUCUGUGAGCAGUGAGAUGGAUGAGGGGGAGGGGGGCUUCUUCUAGGGACACUAAGAGAAGUCCAGGAGAUAAGGGUUCAGGGUUCCCAGGUCUUAGCUGAGACUCGGCCUCGGCUAACCUCAAAUUGGAUAAGACUGCUUGUCCUUUCUCCAGUGAUGGGAACACUGAGGCAGCUGUCAUUGUUGAGGAGGACCCUGCCUCAGCCUCAGUGAAAUUACUAAAAAGCUGGGGAAGGGAUUGGUGGUGGUGGUGCAGACAGACCAGAAGUACCUGAUAGGGGGUCAGCAAACCAAUGUUUUCGAGCAGAAGAUUCUUUUUAUCAAAUGAAAUCUCAAGCAGAAUUCCAACAUAUGAAACAUGAGAGAGGAACUGCUCGGGUCUGAUUGAAAUGGGAGGUUCAGCAAUCACAGCCUGUCUUCUUGGCCUCCUAACACAGACACCUCUGAGGCAUCUCUGUGAGGCAGUUCAUAAUCCCUGGGUAUCUGAGCAGAGGAGUAAAAAGCCCAGAGCUGAGGUAAAUUUUCCCAGGACUAUGCAGUGAGCCCAGGUCUCUUGUCUCUCAGGCCAACAGGCCUUUCCCUCCGCUGCCCAUGUUUCAGUAGAACGAGACCAGAGCUUCUGGCAGUGGUCUGAGUUGGGGGGCAUUUUUAUGUGGUACAAGCAACUUCUGAUCUGCUGAACAGGUCAAAUUCUUUAUUGUCAAGCCAAACUGGCCAUCCUCAACCUUCAGGAUGGCUGCCGUCCUGCCAUCCUCAGAGCAUGGUACGCUUGAUCUGGGUUUUCUUGUGCUUGAUAUUCAUGCGUUUCCACACUUCAGCGGUGGUGCGGUCUGCUUUGGUGACCCCACUGAAGUCGAGCGUGGUGAUACGGGGCAGGGUGCACAGCACAUACUGCCUGUGGGGAAGACUCUGGCUGGGGGCCAGCCCCCCCCCACCAGCACCCCAUUUCCCUACCACCAGCUGCUGCUGUGUCCCCUGACUGCAGGAAUGGAGGGACUUGAGUAUAGUUUGGGGGAGAGGGGGCUGAGUUUAUCCUGACAGCAAGAAAUUAUUAAAAGUCUGUACUUCCUUCCCCGACUCAAGCAUGGCAGAAGGUGGUACUGGGUUUUUUUCUCUCCCCGCCUUUCCCUUGGGUAAGCCCAGCUCCAGGGCAGGGCACCUACCUAUACCCCUUCUCUUCCUCUAUGGGGUUUCCAUGGAGUGUCAGGCUCCGGAGCCGAGGGAGGAUGGCCAGCUUAUUCACCUCUCCUAGGCGCUGGAUGCUGUUGCCAUGGAGGUAGAGGACACUCAGAUUGAAGAAAGUUGUCAGGACCUAUUGGGGAAAGGAACCGGAGCCAGGCUGGACAGGGCUCUAGAGCUGUGCUCAGGACUGACUUGGCAGAGAAGAGUUUGGGGAACGACUGGCCCUCCACUCUCACCCACCACCACCCCCCAUUCCCAGCCACACUGGAUGGCUCCAACCUACUUUCAUUUAUCUUUGAAGGGGUACAGGGGCAUAUCACUGACACAGAGCUCUGGUCUGGGGGCAGGAAGGUAUGGGCCUGGGUCCUAGCACUGUCUCUGACUUGCCAGGUGAUUGGGCUCUCCUGCCUCUUCCUGAGCCUUAGCUGCCCUUUCACUGAAGACCUUUGGUGAUCUAAGAUUCUGUCACAAUGAAGGACAGGGAUACAGAGCAUCAUGCUAGGUAUUAAGAGAAGCUUUUAAAAUAAAGGUGAGCCCUGGCUGGUGUGGCUCAGUAGAUUGAGCACCAGCCUGUGAACUGAAAGGUCGCUGGUUAGAUCCCUAGUUAAGGCACAUGGCUGGGCUGUAGGCCAGGUCCCCAUUUGGGAGCAUGUGAGAGACAACUGUUUAAUACAUCUAUGAUACAUCUCUUGCACAUCGAUGUUUCGCUCUUUCUCCCUCCCUUCCUCUUUCUCUAAAAAUAAUAAAACUUUAAGUAGAAGUGAAAUUUAGAUCACAACACCCGGGGAACAGCUUCCUAGUCUUGGUCUAGUUCCUUUUCCCCUAACAGAUCCUGGUCAAAAAGGGAGCUGUUUUCUUUCUUUUUCUUUUCUUUUCUUUAAGAUUUUAUUUAUUUUAAGAGAGACAGGAAGGGAGAGAGAGAAACAUCAGUGCAAGGGAGAAACAAUCAAUUGCCUCUCACACACCCCAGCCAGGGACUGAACUUGCAACUCAGGCGUGUACCCUGACCAAGAAUGGAACCAGUGACCUUUUGCUUUGCAGGAUGACGCCCAGACCACAGAGGCACACCAGUCGGGGCAGUUUUAUUUCUUUUUUCAAACCUAAUCACUUUAUUUCCUUUAAUAUAUAUAUAAAGACUAUAUAUAUAUAUAUAUAUAUAUAUAUAUAUAGUCUUUAUUAUGUUUUUUCCAUUACCAUUUAGUCCCCUUAUACUUCUCUACCCCCCUAUUAAUUUCUUAAAACUUGAGUCUGAGUUCAUGAAAAAUAAGGGCUGUACUUGCACUACCUACCUCUUUCACAGAAGAACUUACUACAAGAUACAGUGGGUGCCCUAUAACGAGAGCUGUGGUUUUACUUCAGCCUCCUAUGUGCCAGUUGUUUUUCAUACAUUUUCAUUUAAUUCUCACAAAACCUUUAUGAUGUUGGCAUAUUAUCCCCAUUUUUCAGACAGGGAAUCUGAGGCUUUGGAGAGGUUAGGAAAGUUGUCCAAAAUUGUAAGGGGCAAAUCUAGGGUUUGAGCCUACAUCUGAGCCAGUAGCUAUGUGCUUUACACACAGUUCAUGCUCCCUCACAGCUUCCUCGAUGAAAUGUGGGAGGCAGAGAGGCUGGGGGCCGGAUGGGGUAGAUUCUGACCCACCCUGACAAGAUUCCCAGGGCUGGCAGCUCACAGGGUCAAUGGAAGACAGGUCAUUGAAAGACAGGUCAAUCCAAGCCAGGUUCCCUGGGUUCUCCAGCAGCUGUGAAAUCACUUGGUUGAAGUCUUUCAGCUCGUUGAGGACAUUGUUGUUCAGCCACAGGGACUGGGUCAGUGACUUCCCCGACUUUGAGUGCCUUAGUGGUCGCAGCCCUGUCCUUGGCUCCUCGCUUAUCAGAUCUGUGGGAACAAAGGGAUACCUGGGUAUAUCACCUUUGCCUUUCUGGCUCCAUGGGGUGGGAAGGGACAGAGCUGAGACCAUAAGCAGCCCCAGCCAGCAAGAGGGUCUGGUAGGGCCAUAGCCCAGUGCUUGAGUCUAGUGCAGCUCUACCCACUGUCAGCUCAAGACUCCCAUCUCAGGCCCCAGGAGCCAGUAAGCUUGGACUAAGGGCCAGACACAUCCUAUCCCAUACUUGAUUUGGUCACAUGCUCCUCUCAUGUCUAUUGUACCAUUGGGUCCUCUGUGUACCACCCCUGUAUAGGGAACAAAAACCAUUCCUAUUUUAUAGAUGAGGAAACUGAAAACUUGAGUUGUUGAGCUUGAGCCAAGAUGAUAUCACAAAAUCUAGAAUUAUCCACUGGUAGAGCCUAUAGAAUUCACUUGAGUGUAACACACUGAUGUGCUCUCUCCCGCUGAUAUUGAACAACUACUAUAGGCCAGACACUGGGCAUACAGUGAGGAACAAAAUGAGAGACUGCCCGGCUCUGUAUGAGUAAUAGGGCAGGGACGAAACAGAUGUUUGUGUCCUGGAGGAGCUCAUUUGGGCAAGAUGGAAACAAAAUGGCAAUGUAAUGUGAUAAAUGCUUUUUAAGUUACAGAAGCUCAGAAGAGGGGCGCUGUGAGUGCUGGCCUGUGAACCAGGGGGUUGCCGGUUCGAUUCCCAGUCAGGGCAUAUACCUGGGUUGCAUCCAGGUCCCCAGUUAGGAGCACACAAGAGGCAACCACACAUUGAUGUUUCCCUUUCUCACUUCCCCCUCUCUAAAAGUAAAUAUAAUCUUUUUAAAUAGAGAGAGAGAGAGAGGUGCCUAACCCAGUCUGGAGCUCACGGAAAUUUCCAGGGAAGGUGAAGCCUAAUUGGGUCUCAGUGAUUAGAAGGGUGGAAAGAGUGAGAGGGGCCUGAGCAAAGGCAUGAAGGUAUGGAACAGCAUGGGUGCACGUGGAUGUGCUGCACAAGGGGGCAAGGAGGAAAAGAAUCAAGGAACCUUGAAUGCCAGGCCAAGCAUCUUGGACUGUGUCAUAGGUGAUGGGAAACCACUGGAGAUUUGGAGACUUUAGAGCAAAGGAGAUACUCUAAUCUUUUUUUUUUUUUUUUAAAGAUCAUUCUGAAGCUUUAGUAUGGAGUCUGGAUUUUAGGGGGUAGGUGGGACUGGAAGACCAGUUUGGCUCUAUCAAUCACCCACGCAAAAGAUGAAGGACAAUUAGCAUGUCUUGAUGGUUGACUAGAUGUAAGGAUAGAAUAUUCCAGAGUAUUUCCCAGUUUCUUGUUUGGUCGACUGGGCAGAUGCCAUGUCUGGUCUGAAAUGGAAUUAAGAAAAGGAGAAACAUGGCAGGGUAGGUGAUGAGUUUGAUUGGCCUUGGCGUGUCUGCGGUUCCUAUAGUACAAAAAUGUGGAGAAGCCAAGUAGGCAGUUGGGUAUGAAAGUCUGAGAGACUUUAGAAUAAUUAGCACAGAGAGUGAACAUGUUAGAGAAACAGAUGAGAGUCCUCAAGGACAGUAAAAGUAGGUAGGAGGCACAGGGAGGAAGGGAUAUCCAUUAAAGAAAUUACUGAAUAAUCAGGGAAGGGCAGGGAGAACCAGGAGAGGAUAGUUUUAAAGAUGCUUAGAGUCCAUAGUUUAUAGGAGUCAGUUUUAUAGAGAUGAGGGCUAUUUCAGUGAAAUGGCCUGGGGGUAGAAGCUAGAUUGGAGUAAGUUCAAGAGUGAGUGGAAGGUAAGAAAAUAUAGGUAGGUAGUGUAAACAACACCCUCAGAAAGUUCAGGUGAGAAUAGGGAAUAGAAUGAUGUUAGAACCCGGCUGUAUGGAUAGCCUGCCCCCUCCCUGUUUUGUUGCUGCCGCUGUUAAAUGAGGUCCAGAGAGAGGAUGGGCUUUGCCAGGCUCACAGUGGCAGGGCCAGAAUCGGACACCAGCUCUGGCUGAGAUGACUAUUUUUCCUACUGCCCCUGUGCCUUUGGUUACUUGUCUAAAGCUGCCUCUGGGGAAGGAAAUAUUUAGUAUUUGUAUCUGGGCAGUUCAUGUUCACCCUCCCUUAGCUCCUAGUGGACACACUUCCUCUCUUACCCCCAGCCAAUGUUAAUUUCCUUUCCUCCUCAGCUGCAUGUCUGGCAUUAUCCACCAGAUGGCUCUCUUAGAGUGAGCAGAACCCCCAAUUGGAGCCUGAGGUUGGGGGAGGUGGCAUAAUGUUACUGGAGCACCCCAGCUAGUAAAGAAACUCCUAAUCCUGCCUCCCAACCUCAUAUCUCCUGACUGCAAACUCUGUAAUGAAAUGACAAAGAUGCAUAAGAGCUAAGGUCAAAAUAAGCCCACAUAUAGACUAGCAUCCAGUGUGACAAGGCAGCAGCUUGGGGAAUGCCACCAAGUUCAGAGAGAGCCACUGAUGGCAUUGUCUAAAACUCAAAGUUGCUGUCACCAAGGGGAGAGCAGGUGUCCAGGCUGCUACAGGCUGCUGCUCCCUUCAAACUCUCCCAGGGCACUGAGGAUCUGUCGAAGAUGCACUGUUCGGAUAAGGCAAAGGCAGGUCUGGAAAUGGGACCACAGCUACCAACACUCAGAGAACUGGAGGUUGUUGUCUAGCUACAGGAAGACUUGGGAAAGACCUGAUUCUGUCUUCAUAUUUCUGAAGGGCUCCAGUGCAACUUUUUCCAUGUGUCCCCACAGGUCAGGAGUUACGAAGAACAUCUUUGUGUCAUUCCUCACCCCAUUAUGGAAGGGAUAGGUAGGUGUAUGUAGUAAGGACCUACCUUAACUCCAGGUUUUCAGGCAGAAGCUAGAGGACUGUGGGUUGGAGUGAGUACCAAUUGUAUGCCUUCUAAAGUCAUUACCAUUUCAGGUUCUAUCAUUUAUUAAUUAGCAAAUAGUGUAUGAAGUACCCCCAAACUCUACUCUGUCCUCCAACUCCACUGUGAAGCAAGUAUUCCAUAAGCUCUGGGGACGCUGAGGGGACUGGCCUUUUGGGGCUUAGGUGUGCCUUUCUCCCCUCCCAGCACUCAACAAAACACUGUGCCUGGCAUGCACACACACACAGAUAUAUGUGCUUUAA